AUGAGAACAUUGGAGGCUCAGAGCCUGGGAGAGGCUGCAAACACGGUGUUCGAUUCGCCGGGUGGCGCCCGGAUCACUUUUUCUGCGUCUGGUGACCGGCAAGGCCAAAACUAUUGGGGAAUUCCUGUUAGUGCCAUGUUGAGGAUCUACAUGGAACAAAAUACGGUUUCGAAACUGCACCUCACUGGAAUCUCCCUGGAAGGCGAUGUGUACGCCAAUGCGGACAUCGAACUGUUUGCUGUGAACAUCCCGGGGACGUUGAGUACGCCCAGCCCGGUACAGAUUCAGCCGGAGGAUAAGAGGUUUCAAUUUGGUUAUGGAGACCCUUCCCUCUUGGGUCGGAUGGACAACCCCCGGACGAAGGAAUUGACGUCUGCUGAGUUUAGCGCACUGGCUCAGGAUAGCAGCAUUUUUGAAGCCUCGUUGCACAGCGACAAGUCUAGUCGUGCUGUGGUUUGUGAGGCCAAGGGUACUGGGGUGAAGCCUAUCUGUCACAAGAGUGGCAGGGCUACGAUGCUGCUUUCUAAGCGAUCCGUUGACUCGUCUACGGCAUAUCACGUCUGGAAGAUGUCGGCCAGGUGGUACUGGCGUGUGAACCAUUCGCUCAGCUUGUCAGCCGUGAAGGAGAAGAACGGUGUUGUGUUGGACUACAACUCUGUCUUGUUUAUGGGUGUGCGCCCGACUACGGAGACUACCCUCCAUGGUGUAAAGAGCGAGGGCGGUGGCAACACUGGAGCGUUCGGAUACCUGGAAAGUUUCCGUGUUACUUUAUACUUGCGGCGGGGGAUGAUUUAA